AUGGAUCCAACUAAAAACUAUCUUCCCCUUUGCCUGCUUAUUUUUCUUGCCUGGACUUCUGCUGGUGUGGACGGUUUUGCGCCACUCGGACGUCUCAGACAAAGUAGUGCUCUUGUAGGGAAUAGGCUUUACUUUUUUGGUAGCUCCAUUAUCGUACAAUCAAGAGAAAAUUUUUUUCUCGAUGUAACUCUUUCAACGCUAAAUAUUUCAAAUCCUUUAUGGUUCUCAUCAAAUGCUACUGUCCCGACCAAUUCUGCAUUUGCUAGCGCAUGUGUUGGUGGUCCUAAUAAAAAUACGAUAUAUCUUUUGGAGCAUCUAAACACAAGUAAUGCCGGUACCAAUAACACUGUAGUAUACGCCUUUGAUACUGUAGGCGGGGCAUGGACUACUCUCACUACGAGUGGAACGCUCCCUGCAAGCCGACAACAAUUUCAAGCUGUUAAUGAUACUAAUGGCAAGAUAUAUAUGUUUGGAGGAGUAAGUGGUAAUGGUGUUGCUUUUAAUGACAUUUUCAUACUUGAUACGUUAAGCUCAGUUUGGACACAAGGCUCAUCUAAUAGUGCACCAACGGCUCGUUCGGACUUUUCUGCUACACUUUUAAAUAAUGGUCUUAUACUUUAUAUAGGAGGUGGUGACAAUAUUAAUAUGGCCAACGUUGCUGUUGGUGAUACAAUAGACCCUAGAAGUGGCCACACUUCCGUAUUAUCUCCAACUGGGCAUGUUAUAAUUUACGGCGGAACUAAAAAUAACAGUGCUUUAGAUCAAAACCAACAAUUAGCUUCAUUAGAUACAACCGUUAAUCCGUAUAA